AUGAGAACAAUCCCCCAUUUCAAGGACAAUGAGGAGUUGGGGCUAGUUCAAGCUAGGUGGUCUUUUGUGAACAAGGAUGAGAAUCUACUGACUAGAUUGCAGAACAUUAACUUAGCUUUCCAUUUCGAGGUAGAGAAGAAAGUAAACGGGGUGUUCCUAAACUUCUUUGGGUUCAAUGGGACUGCUGGUGUUUGGAGGAUUAAGGCUUUGGAGGUUUCUGGUGGUUGGUUAGAGAGGACUACUGUUGAAGACAUGGAUAUCGCUGUCCGGGCUCAUGUCCAUGGCUGGAAGUUCAUUUUCCUAAAUGAUGUUGAGUGUCAGUGUGAAUUGCCUGAAUCAUAUGAGGCUUACAGAAAGCAGCAACACAGAUGGCAUUCCGGUCCUAUGCAAUUGUUUAGACUCUGUCUUCCUCAAAUCAUAUGCACAAAGUGUAUGGAAGAAGUGCAACUUGAUAUUCCUCUUCUUCCUGCUGAGGAAAUUGAUCCUGCCAUUUUAUUCCUUCACCCUCUUCUGCAUAAUCCUCCCCAUGACAAUGUUCAUGCCAGAGGUCUAUUUCAGCUCGGUAGCGCCUACGAGUAUGUCGUUACUAAAAAGUCAGGUCGUUCAUCAGAGAGCGACCUAGUAGCAUUGGGCCAAAAAGAGUCAAAGCAUCAAAGGGGGUCCUCCGAGCCUAAUUUGUUCGACAUGAAGGAAGAUUUGGUGAAGCAAGAACAGAAAGCGAUGAAGAAGAGGAAGCACAACAGGAUAUACACAAAGGAGUUGUCUUUGGCUUUCCUUCUUUUAAGUGAUGCUGCAAGGAGCCUGUUAUCAGCCCAGGGUAUUCAUUUCUACUUUUUGCUGUUUCAAGGAGUAUCAUUCCUUCUGGUUGGUCUAGACUUGAUAGGGGAGCAGGUUCAGUGA